GACUUGUCAGCACUGAAGGCAGACCAGAUAAGACUUUCUGGAUCAAUACUUGUCAGCUGCUUCCAUCUAAGUUCUGGUACACGGCCCUGGGAGUCGAACACUUUGGAAAGAUCUGCCCCGAGGGAUCAGACACAGCAGCUUUGUGCCAGGGCUCAGGAGCUGGAAAAGGAAGUAUACCAGAAAACCCAAGAAGUGAUGUGCUUGCAGGUCAAAGGGGAUAUAGAGAAAGAGGAGCUUCAGGGCAGGGUGAUGGAGCUCUCAGCCUUGCUGGCGCAGUCCCAGAAGCAGAAUGAGGAGAAAGAAAAGACCGUGAAGACACUUAGUGACACGAUGGAAAUUCUGGAGGCCAGUCGGUUGGAGGUAGAAUAUAAAGCUUCACUGACCAAGAAUGCCAAAGAAGAGACCCUUUCCCUUCAUCAGGUGCUAAAAGACAUAACUCAGGCAGUGCUAGACGAUACUGACAACGCAGUCAGCAUUUCAUGGGUUGAGAGCUCCCAGCAUCCUGAAUCCAGCAACCUCUCCUCCCUGCUGAGUUCCAGUGACAUGGAAAGGGCCCUUGUUCUGGUGCAUGAAGUAUUGUCAAGGAGGUGCCAGGCAGUACAGGCCCUAAGGGAGCAGCUUUCAGACAGCCAAGACUCUGUCCAUUCUCUGCAACAUCAGCAAAGGCAGCAGGAAGAGGAAUGCAAGAUGCUGAGGCAGAGGCUCCAGCAGCUGGAAGAGAACUGCAAGACACUCACCAGCGAGAUGCAGCACCUCCAGUCCUUGGUGGAAACUCUCAGCAGUGACCGUAUGAACUUGGAGAAGGCCAGGGAAGAGCUGCAGCAACAACUGGAGGUGUCUGAGCAGGAGGCCUGGCGAUUGCGCCGAAGCAACACUGAGCUACAACUGAAGGAAGAUUUGGCUCAAGGGGAGAAGGAGGAGCAACAGCUGGAGAUGGAGAGGAUCCUUCGAGAGAGGGAGCGCCUGUGAGCUCUUUUGUCAUCCCUCCACAGGGCAAGGGGUUGGGGCACUGUGGGAGCAUGCUGGGAUUGGUGGCUGAGUGCUGGAGUGGAAGUGAUGAGUGACUGCACAGGUAUGGAAGAAGUGGAAGCUAGGAGCUGAAGGGAAGCACCAGGAAAGGGAACAUGGGAUUGAGUUAGGAUGGUUAGUGCAAUUGGUGUCUUUUAUUUCCAUGAUAUUAGAUUAUUGCUAAUCUAAUAUCUAAGAGGCCUCUUCCCAUCAUUCCACUCUUGGUCCUUGGAGGGCAGGGUUUUUACUUGAUCAUCGCUGCUGGCCUAACUCUUUUCAGUCUUUGCUUACUGACUGAGACAUGAAAAUGGUUCUUCCUUGCAGAGAUUACUCCUGAUUUUUGCUCUCUUUUCCCUGAGCUCACCCAUCUCAGCCAGCCUGUGCUAGGCAAAACAAGUGGUUGCUGCAGUGCUGGGCUUUUGGGACAACUCGUGGGAACCUGCAGGGCCCGGUUCUUUUCUCUCACUCCAGUGUUAAUCAAAAGUAAUUCCCCUAAAGUCAGUGGAGUUACACCCAUGAAAAACUAGUGUAAGCCACUAGAGAAUCAGUUCCUUUGUAUCUUGCUGUCCUUGGCUUUGUACAAGUGUUGGCACUACCAAGUGUUAAACAGUCCUGCAUGUACCAAGUUACAUUCCUUUCCCCAGAAGAAUGAGAGAAACAGCCCUUUUGUUCUGGAUUUUUAUGCUACACUUGGAUAUCACUGGGACAGGCGCUAUAUGAUAUCCAAAUCAAUAGACCUAGGUUACAUCUGGCCCAGCUGGUGCAGUCCACACUGCAGAGUGACACGUGUAGUGCAACUUCAGUGGUUCAGCUAUUCCUUCCUGUUCAAUAAUGCACCGCCUCACUGGAUCUGUUUGAAAAGAGCAGAACCACUCGGAUGCCACCAACUGUCCCAGCCAGCGUCCUAAUUUGCAUGACCUUGUGCUCAACAGUAUUGAUGACAGCUGGUGGAUAAUAGAUUAUAAUAGAUUAAUCCUCCUAAAAUAAUCCAAAUCCUCCCCUGAUUCCAGUCCGUUGAUCUAUCAUGUAACACAUGGGUAAAGUGGGUGGAGGUAGAGCUAAAGUCAGAACAGCAGCCUCCAACCAGUCUGUGGAGGGAGGACAGCAGUGUCAGGCUAAUGUUGGGAACAUGAGGGGACAUGGGCUCUCUAGUCUAUUUCCAGAGGACAGACAGGUAGUGGUGGUGGUGGAGUGGCAGAGUUUAAGGUCUGAGCUGAAACCUUAACUGAGAGUUUCCAACUUUGGGUAUUUAAAUUCUGAACUUUAAUGCACUUGGUUUUUGGUAAGUUUAUGCAAUCAUACUCACAGGUGCAUUAGCAACAGUUCUUGUGAGAAUGUCCUUGUUUUCACGUUCACAAUUUUACCAAAAAAGCCUAAUAUUUUACUUUGAAACAAUGUAGUGCAGUAUUUAGGGCUACAGGACAAGUUCAAGAUAAGAAAAAUAUUGUUAUAUAAAAUUAUAUAAAUAUUCCAUACUCUCUAUGUUGAAAUCUUCAUAGGACUCUCCGAGGGAGAUCAGUCUUCCUUUGAUGUUUCUAAAGUUACACUUUUUUAUCCUUGAGUAUAAUCUCCAUAAUAUAUUAAAAGCUCCACACUGUACUACAGAUUCUUUUGGCAACUGUAAUCUCUACAGAACGAGUCAGUACAUAUCUUGAUUUUUGCAGCACCCUUUGAUUCAUACUCAGUUCUCUUCCGCAAUAGCUACCACAACCAUUCAAUUUUCAACUAAA